AUGAGCGUGCCAAAUAACUCCUUUUUUGUUGUAAAAUCCGAUGAGCAAAUUUCUCGUCUCAUUAAAAAUUAUGCAGAAGAAAGAAAAAAAAAAAAAAAAAAAAUGGAACAAGAAAAGUAUAACACAAGACUCGUUGGAGGUCAUACGAAAAAGGUUGUAGAUAUAAAUGACAUAUAUAAAGAUAAUGAUAUGUAUAAAAAUAAUAACAUAUAUAUAAAUAAUGAUAUGUAUAAAAAUAAUGACAUAUAUAUAAAUAAUGAUAUAUAUAAACAUAAUAAUAAGAAUGAAAAGAAAAAAAAAAUAGUAAGAAAUAGUUUUAUUUCAGAAAAAGAAAAAUUGAACAUAUUAGAAAAUUUGAAAAGAAUAAGUAUAUCAAAAGAUGAAGAUAUAUUAAAGAUUCAAAAAAAAAAAAAUAAUUUAUUUUCUUGUCAUUCUUUUUAUAUAAAUCCUAUAAAUAAAAAUGACACACAAUAUUAUGAUAUAAAUAAGGACAAUAGGAAAUAUGUAAAUAGUUAUGAUAAUAAUGAACAAGAAAAUGAUAUAACAAGAGAAAAAAAUAAAAAAUAUAAUAAUAUUAAUAAUAACAAUAAUAAUAAUAUUGACAAUAAUAUUAAUAUUGACAAUAAUAAUAAUAAUAAUAAUAAUGUUGUAGAAAAAGAAAAAUAUAUAAAGAAUGAAAAUUUAUUUUUUAAAGAAGAUUUCUUGAAUGAUCAAAAGGAUAAUGUGCAAAAUAAAGAAUAUCUAAAAAAAAAGAAUAUGAAUAUAAUAUAUGAAAACAAAAUAUAUGACGAUAAUUUAAAAAAAAAAAAAAAACAGAUAUAUAAUAAAUACAUGUGUAACACAGAAAUUUUAUAUAAUAAUAAAAAGGAUCAUAUCAAAAAAAAAUCAUCUCAAUAUAAUAACAAUAAUAAAAAUAAAAAAACAUUAGCAGCAAAAGAUACCUUUUAUUCCACAAGAAUACAACACGAUUCAAAGAAAAUGAUAAAUUGUUUGUCACAUGUAAAUUUAGAAAGACGUGAAAAUACAACAUUAAAAGAAAAAAAAAACGAAAAGAAAAUAUCAACAUUAAAACAUAUUAAUGAAGAAAAUCAUACAGGUUAUCUCAAAAUGGGAGAACAUAAAAUAUAUAAAGAUAACAUGAACAAUAAGGAAAAUAAUAAAAAAAAUAAUAAUAAUAAUAAUAAGAAAAAUAAGAAAAACAAGACACAUAUUAAUAAUAAUAAUGAUAAUAAUAAUGAUAAUAUUGAUAAGAAUCAUCAUUUUUAUAAUCAUCAUUCUUAUAAUCAUCAUUUUUAUAGUCAUAAUUUAUAUAGUCAUAAUUUAUAUAAUCAUCAUAAGAAAGAUAAUAUUAAUAAUUCCUUUUCUACACAAUAUCAAAAUAAUACAAACAAACAAAAUUGUUUUACAAAUAAUAUCUCUAAAUUAAAUAAUUCUUCUUUCUUAAAAAAAAAUAAAGAUAAAGAUUAUGACGAUAAUGUUUUCUUAUCAGAGGACUUUAUAAAUUCUAAUAAUAUUUUUAUCAAAAAUAAUUCAUCGAAUAAUUCUUUGAAACUUACCGUUUCGUCUUCAUCAUCCAAUAUUAUUUCAUCUGUAUCUUCAUAUGAAACCAAGACAAAAAAAAAAAAAAAUGAAAACGUAAAUACAAUUGAUGUUAUAAAAGAGAAUGAUAAUCAUAAUAAUAGUCAUCACAAAAUUGAAAACAUACAAAAAAUUAAUAGCAUAGAUAAAAACAUGCAUUAUGAAGAAAAUAAUAUGGACAGAAAUGAACACAUUAAAAAAGAAACAACACAUAAUAAUGAUAAUAAUAAUAAUGAUAAUAAUAAUAAUAAUAAUAAUAAUGAUAAUAAUAAUAAUAAUGAUAAUAAUAAUAAUAAUAAUGAUAAUAAUAACUCUACAACUUAUAUAUUUCAAAAUAACAUGAACAAAGAUAUAUUUAAUACAUGCAAUAAGGAAAAUAAAAAUAUAGCAAUCACCAAAUUAAAUAUAUCAGAUAAUAUUAUAAAAUAUAUUAAAGUUCUAAAAAAAUUAAAAAGAAAUAUAUUAUACAUAUUAAACAAGUGUAUACAAACAGAUGAUGUAAAGAAAAAAACACAUUUUUAUAAAUAUAAAUAUUUUAUCAAGUUUAUGAAGGAAAUGAAAAAAAUAAUAAUAAAAAAUAAAAAAAUAAAAAAUAACAUCUUCUACAAACAAUCCAAAAAUAAAGAAAAGAAUAUUUAUUAUAUAUUUUUAGAAUCUAAUCAAAAUGUUUUGUUGGUUCAAAAAUUUUUUAAAAAAAAAAAAAUCUUAAUAAAAUAUAUAAAUCAAUUAUUUGAAAAACAUGUUCUUCCUUCUUAUAACAUUUUUGAUGAAAAUGAGAUCAAUCAAACAAAUUUGGAAAAAAUAAAAAAAGAAAAAAAAAAAUUUCUUGAUAAAAUGCUUAGUUUAAAAAUAAAGUUAUUAAAAAAUAUGGAUAUACUACAAUUACUUCCAAAAUAUAUGAAAGAAGAAAUAUAUUUUACAAAUAAUAAAUAUGAAAAUAUUAACCACACUAAUGAUAUAUAUCCUAAACAGAAUAUGUCUUGUGAGCAUUUUUUACACUCUUCAAAUGAUAAAGACGAACAAGAAGAACCCUACAAUUUGGAUUCUCAAUAUGAAUCACAAAAAAAUCAUUCAUCAUCUCUAAAGGAAAUAAAUCGAUAUUAUUCAGAGAAACAUAAAAAGAAUUAUAAAAAUGAUAAUAAAAGUGAUAAUAAAAGUGAAAACAAAAGUGAUAACAAAAGUGAUAAACCAAAUUGUAGUUAUAUAUAUCCAGGCAAAUCAUCAUCUCUUUUAUACUCAUCAAAUGUAAAAAAAAACAUGAACCAUAAUAAUAAUAAAAAGAAAAUAAAAAAUAAUGAAUACAAUAACAUUAACAUUAAAGACAAAAAUAAUUACAAUAACAGUAACAAUACGAACAACCAAAAUUAUAGAAAUUCUAAUUCCAAUUUUUUUUUUUCAAAAAAUACAAAAUUAAUUAACACUUUAUCGGAUGACAAAAAAAAACAAAAGUUUCCACAUAAACCAAAAAAUUCAAACAAACAAAUAAAUAUACUCCAGAAACAAAAAGAUAAUCAAAUUAAUAAUUUUGAAGAAGAUAAAAAAAAAAAUACCCUUAUAGUUCAAACAAACGAAAAAAAGGUAGUUGAUCUGGUAUGUAACGAAAAUGAAAAAAUGGCUAGUCAAAUAAAUGAAAUAAAUCAAAUAAAUCAUAUAAAUCAUAUAAAUAUUAAAAACAAUUUUAAAAAUGAAAUGACUACGACUAAAAUAUUAGAAAACAUAUCAAAUGUAAAUAUAUCAAAUGAUAUAUUAACAAAUGAUAUAUUAGCAGUUGAAAAAUUAUCAAAUAUGGCUGCAAUAAAUAAAGAACAAAUAAACCAUUUAGAAUUAAAUAAAAUAAGAAACACAAAAGAAGUAACACACAACAAUUUAAAUAACAUAUCCAGUAGAUAUACAGGUAUUAAUAAAAACAUUGUUGAAAAUAAUAACUUAUAUCAUAAUUUAAUAGACCACCAGGAUAAAUUUAUUAAUUUGAAAAAGCAAGAUAAUUUAUACUGUCCUUAUAAUAAUGUAAAUCCAAGAAAUAAUAAUAUAAUGAAUUUUUCUAAUAUUGAUAACAUUAAAAUUAAUAUUAUUAAUAAUAAUAUUCAAGAUAAUUUAAAAGAAAAGAAUUAUUAUUUAAUUGAGGAAAAUGAAAAGAAAUAUAAAGAUAUGAAUAUAAAUAAUAUGGAUAUACAGCAAACUCGUUUCAAUCAAAAUAAUGAACAUGUAAUAAAUAAUAAAAUUAAAAUAAUAAAAAAUAAUAAAAAAUUUUUAUGUGAUACUGAUACUGUGUUUUAUGAAAAUAAUAUACGUCCAGUAAAAAUAAUUCAAAAAAGAGGAAAUAACUAUAAUAUAAUUAAUAAAAUUAAAAAAAAUAUAUUCAAAAAUUAUAAUAAUGCACUUGUUUUCUUGAAAAAACAAAUAUAUAAAACAAAUUGGUUAAUUCAUAAAAAUAAAAAAAAAUUAUGGAAAAACCCAUAUAUACAUCGUUUACAACAAAAAAUCAAAUAUCAUCUAGAUAAUUUCAAAUCUAUGUCUCAUUCCUUUUCUUCUAAUAUCAAACAAAAUUAUUUCAAUAAUAUACAACCAUAUAAUGAAAAAAUACACAAAAUAAAUCACAUCAUAUAUAAAGGUCCUUAUAUAAAUUCAAAAGUAUGUCAUUUAUCCCCACAAAAUGUUUCGAAUGUAGGAUCACCCAUCAUAUUUAGAAGAAGAAAAAUAUAA